UAUAUAAUUAAGAUGGAUAAUGAAAUAUAUGAAGCAAUAUUUAGAGAUAAAGUAGAAUAUAGGAAGUAAAAUGGAAAAAAAUUUAUAAAUGAAUAUGAAUUGCUUGAAGAUUUAGGAGAAGGAUCAUUUGGAAAAGUAAAAAGAGUAACUCGAUAUUAUAAAGAGACAGAAGAUGCUGUAGAAUUAAGUAAAUAUGAUUAUGCAAUGAAAAUAUUUCAUAAAACAGUCUUAGCCCAUUAGAGAACUUGUUUUUAUGAAAGUAAUUCAAAUGAUCCAAAAAUGACGAAUUUAUUAGAAUUUGCAGAUAAUGAGAUUAACAUUCAUAAAUAUCUGAAUCAUCCAAAUAUUUGCAAAUUAUAUGAAAUAAUAGAUGAUGAUAAUGAUUAAUAAUAGAAAAUAUAUUUAAUAAUGUAAUUAGGUGAUUUAGGAUGCAUAAUGAAAUUUUGUGAGAUGACAUUCAAAUAUAUAAGAAAUUAGGCUAUUUUAGAUUAUUUGAAGAUGAAUUAUAUGCAAGCAGCAAAAUUAUUAUUUAAAUAGAUAGCUUAAGCAAUAAUGUACCUUCAUGAACACAAUAUAGUAAAUCGAGAUAUAAAAAUAGAUAAUAUAAUUUUCUCUACUUUAUAUCCUAUAAAUGAAUGUUGUAAAUUGAUUGAUUUUUCAACAUCACGUAUAGCUGAAAAAGAUAGUAUAUUUUUUGAUUGUGCUGGAACUCCAGGAUUUAGAGCACCUGAAGUAUAAUUUUGUUUAAAUGAUGGUUAUUCACCAUUUAAACUUGAUAUUUGGUCAUUUGGAAUAUGUUUAUAUAUUUAUACACAUGAAAAAGUAUUUAUUUUAAUUAUUAUUAGUUACCUUUUUGGGGAGAAGGAGAUCUAGAAACAGAUUUAUUAGCUAGAGAUUAACCAUUAUAAUUUGAAGUUUAGGAUGAUUUAUUAGUAAACCUAAUAAAUAGUUGUUGUGCUAAAAAGGCAUCAGAUAGACCAACAAUAUAAUAAAUAUUAGAACACGAAUGGUUUAAAUGAAAAAUUUAUUU